AGACUGUCACUCGUAACCCAACCUUUUACUUCGAACUACUCUAUCAAAAUACUCAUUGACUUACUGAAAUCAGCCGAAUCCGGUAAAACGACAUUGUUGGAGCAAAUUCGUCUUCUAUACAAGCACAACUACACAGAAAUGGAAUUUGUGCAUCGGAAAUCAUUUAUAUAUAACAAUAUAUUGACAUCGAUACGAAAGCUAAUCAUUCGGAUGCAAGAUACUGAAACUCCCUUCGAAAAUCCGGAUAAUAUACAAUAUGCCGAUAGAAUCAUGAACGAAGAGGACACCCAAUAUGCAUGCUUCACUGCGGAAGUUUAUGAGGCUAUUCAACAGGUCUGGCAUGAUCAAGCUGUUCAGAAGAUCUACGAAAGGAGGAGUGAAAUAAAUCUCAAUGACAGCUCUAAAUAUUUUUUGGAAAAUCUUGCCUCAAUAAACAAGCUCGACUACACUCCAACACCUCGCGAUCUGAUUAUGAGCUAUGUGCCUACGGUCGGAGUUCAAAACGUUAUAUUCUCAGCGGACGACCAUGUGUUCCAAUUAUUCGAUAUUGGUGGGCAACGAAUCGAUCGACGGAAAUGGGCUACGAUGUACGAUGGUAUUAGUGCAAUCUUUUUCUGUAUAGCAAUUUCCGAGUAUGAUCAGAAAAUGGACGAUGACCCGGAGAUGGUAAGAAACCGACUACAAGAUGCGCUGGCGUUGUUGGAAAAAAUUAGCAAUGAGCCGAAAUUUCAACAUACUCCUCUAUUGCUGUUUCUCAAUGAAAUGGACGUAUUCCAAGAAAAACUGCCUUUAUUACCACUUGGAGAUCAUUGGCCCGAUUACAAAGGUUCGUUUGAUGCCCUGAAAUUCAUCGAGGACUUGGUUCACAAGGCAACGAGCGGUCGUGAUUCAUCCCUUAUUCAUAUUUACCGUACCUGUAUGAUUGAUACAGACGCAAUGAAAAAAAUUCUGGAAAAAGCAUUCCAUGCAAUUCUAAAGGCUACAUAA